AUGAUUAAGAAGCAUUGCCUGGUACUUCCGUUGGCUUGGACGUUGUUUCAAUUGUCCUACGUGCUGUGCAAUAAAUUAUCUCCGGUACAAAACAAUGAAUUGGCCACGCGAAUCAAGCAUUACGCUGAACUGUAUGGCUAUUACAAGACUGCUGAAUGCGUAGCAUUAUUGGCAGUCAGUACACCGGAAAUCGAUUGGAGUGUGACGGUUUUUAACUAUGUUAUACGCGACAUCAAGAAGCAGAUAUAUGUGAAACAUGCCCUGGAGUAUCUGAACAAACUGAAAAUGGACUCUAAUUGGAAGAACGUGAAGUAUCUAUCUGAGCCGUAUGAAGAUCAUCCGAGUUUCUCCGAAACUUUUGAAGAAUACCACCAUCGUAAUGCUGCAAAAGAAAUUGCUUCCAAAUUGCGGGACAAAAAAUCGAAAAUUGACCUGACUACAGUCUUUAAUAACUUCACGAAAUCUCUUGACAAUGCAUGGGCGGCUAGAAAGGAUCUGUAUACAACAGCAGCUGUGAACUUUGCAACUGCAAACAAGCUGGAGAAUCCGGAAACCAUUAAUGAAAAUAAUGUUGAGCGGAAAUGUUUUCAAAUGUCAGGAAUGCAACUAGAUCGAAAUGCUGUCGAUGAAUUCCUGACGAAAUCAAAUUCGACAAAUGAAAAAAUAUCUGAAUUCAAAAAUGCUGUUGUUCAAAUGAUUUCUGAAGUUCAAAAGGUUGAGAAGUUCAGAAUUGACAAGUAUCCAAAUCGUAAUGUUGCAAAAGAAAUUGUUUCCGAAUUGGUGAACAAAAAAUCGAAAAUUGACCUGACUACAGUCUUUAAUAACUUCACGAAAUCUCUUGACAAUGCAUGGGCGGCUAGAAAGGAUCUGUAUACAACAGCAGCUGUGAACUUUGCAACUGCAAACAAGCUGGAGAAUCCGGAAACCAUUAAUGAAAGUGUACUUCUUGCCGAAGAAGACUUGCAGGUAUCUAUGGAAGAGGAAUUCGUGCAAUCAAGAGAUAAUGUUGAGCGGAAAUGUUUUCAAAUGUCAGGAAUGCAACUAGAUCGAAAUGCUGUCGAUGAAUUCCUGACGAAAUCAAAUUCGACAAAUGAAAAAAUAUCUGAAUUCAAAAAUGCUGUUGUUCAAAUGAUUUCUGAAGUACAAAGGCUUGAGAAGUUCAGAAUUGACAGGUUUCCCACUUACAAUACAAUGUAUCGAGAACUUUUACAUGAAUUUGGUAGGAAAGAUAAAUGA